AUGAAUCGUGCUUCGGUGGUGCUGCUGCUGAUGGCCUGUCUGACGGUCCUGGCUGAGGGCCGCUAUGGCAAGGUGAACCUCAAUCUGGGCCUGACAGUGGCCGAUGAGGCACCGCGUGCCCUCAGCGAGGCCAUGGUCCGCCUGUGUGGCGAGCAGACGGACAUUUCCCUCCAGCAGCACGACCUCUCGCAUCCCUCUGAGCACGUCCAGUGCUUCACCCACUGCCUCUACGAGCAGAUGGGCCUCGUGCACAACGGCGUCUUCGUGGAGCGCAACCUGAUCGGCCUCCUGUCGGACGCCAGCGAUCUGGCCGCCUGGCCGGAGCGCCAGUGCCACGCGAUCCGAGGCUCCAACAAAUGCGAGCCGGCCUUCAGGAUCCAUCAGUGCCGGCAGCAGCUCAAGGAGCAGCACGAUCCCGAGGCCACCAAGGAGGCGGAAACCACCAGCACUCCCUCGCAGGCAGAUGAAUUCUUGCCCUAGGCUUUUACUUUCUUUUCAUUUUUGGUGUUGGAAUUUAGGGUUUCUUCUACGAGUAUAUAUAGUGUUCUUUUGCUGGCUUGAAUCGUUAUUAAAUCCUUGGUUGGUUCUUAGGGAAAGGCAUCUGAUUUGUCAAUGAAACCGUUGCUUUGACUAUGAGAGCCCAAAGGGGUGUUCCUUGAUGCAUUGGGGGGCUGAGUCGGUCCCAGAAUGCCACUACAAAGU